CUAUAGGCACAGGGGCUCGGUUUUAGAAUUAUGAGUAACAUAUGACAUCAACACAAUAAAUUAAGUAUUCAUAUACAUUCUAAAACCUUAUGAAAAUCGGGGUUAUUCCUAUAUGAGAUUUAAGAAUAUAUAUGAAUACUUAAUUUAUAGUGAUGUGGUUGUAAACUGAUGUCAUAUGUUACUCAGAAAUCGGAACAGAGCCCCUGUGAGGGCGUGAGCGACCCUUACGGUGGACAUGUUUAAAAAAAAAAAAUACUUGUGCCGAGAAUGAUUUGAGAAAUAACAAAACGGACUACAGAUUAUAUGAGACAAGAUGAAACCACGUACAACCUUUUCAUUUGCUAAGUACAUGAAGCAGUUGGGCAUCGUGAUGGUCGGUGGUACCAUAGCUUUUGUCGGCAUUGAGACAUUAUCAGGAGGCGAGAAAUUUUACAGACAAGUAUUGAUGCCGUCUCUUCAUGUUCUCGAUGCCGAGACUGCCCACAGACUUGCCGUAAAAGCAGCCAAGUACAAGAUGGUUCCCCGACAAUGGAAACCUGAUCCACCCUCUCUCAGUACCACCGUGUUUGGCCGAAAAUUCAACAAUCCUGUGGGCAUGGCAGCAGGGUUUGACAAGGAUGGGGAGGCUGUGGAGGGCCUCUUCGCUAUGGGCUUUGGUUUUGUGGAGGUCGGAAGUGUAACACCCAAACCACAACCUGGUAAUCCUCGACCACGUGUGUUCCGUCUUCCCCAAGACAAAGCAAUCAUCAAUAGGUAUGGUUUCAACAGUGAAGGGCAUGCUGCAGUGCUACAGCGACGUGUCCGGGACAAGGACAGGCCAGGAGCUACAAAGGGGUUGGUGGGAGUAAAUCUGGGUAAGAACAAGGAGUCAUUAUCUCCCAUAGGGGACUAUGUGGAAGGUGUGAAGCAGUUCGGUAAUUUGUCGGACUAUCUCGUAGUGAACGUGUCCAGUCCAAACACACCCGGACUCCGGGAUAUGCAGGGCAGGGAACGCCUGGAACAACUACUGGACCAAGUGGUAGUAGCUAGGAACAGUCUGAAGAGUGACCGGAAACCGCCUAUUCUAGUAAAGAUCGCGCCUGACCUCACACAGAAGGACAAGGAGGAUGUAGCGGCAGUAGUGACAAAGCGAGAGGGCUUUAUAGAUGGACUAAUUGUAAGUAACACAACUGUCUCCCGGCCUUCUAGUUUACAGAGCGAACACAAGGUAGAGACUGGCGGCCUCAGUGGAGCUCCUCUCCGGGCACUAGCGACAGACACUAUAUCAGACAUGUACAAACUGACCAAAGGUAAACUCCCGAUCAUAGGUGUCGGAGGUAUCGCCACCGGUCAAGAUGCUUAUGACAAAAUCCGGGCAGGAGCUAGUUUGGUACAGUUAUAUAGUGCUUUAAUCUACGGCGGACCACCAGUAGUCGGUAAAAUUAAAAGGGAACUCGGACAGCUACUAGAGGUGGAUGGAUUCUCUUCUGUUACAGAGGCUGUGGGUAUAGACCACAAAACAUGAUGCCAUUUAAAAAUAUGAUUAAUAAAAAUAAAUAUGAUGUA